AUGGGCCACUUUAAAAUCAAUGAAAAGACCGGUGCUAUUUUCACGAACCAUUCCCUUGACAGGGAAAAGCAACCUUUCUAUAGCCUUACUGUGACAGCUACAGACACAGUGACACCAGCCUGGCGACGCCAUUCUGCUAUAACACAGAUUAUGGUCAUUGUUAACGAUGUCAACGAUUGCGCUCCAAAUUUCACAACUCCGUCUGAGAUCUGGGUCGAUGAGAACGCUCCGAUAGGAGCCAUUGUUUACAAUAUAACUGCCACUGACAGAGACGAUAUCGGACCCAACCAAGACGUUACGUAUUCGAUUCUAUCGGACUUUGUGCCAUUUUCUAUCAGUCCCAAUAACGGAAGUCUAAAGAUGUUGUCCGUGCUAGACAGAGAGCAACAGGACACGUACCAACUGACUAUAAGAGCCCAGGAUAAAGGGAUGCCGCCAAAGAGCUCGGUCAUGCAGAUUACGGUCCACGUGAGAGAUCAGAACGAUAACAACCCAGUGUUUCAUCCGAAGCAGUACCAGGCCAACAUCAGUGAAAGUACUAGUGUGGGUACCAUCCUACUGCAGGUUACUGCCACUGAUGCUGACAUCGGUGUAAAUGGAAUGAUCAGAUAUUUCAUAAUUGAAGGUGAUGACAAUCAGGAUCUCAGCAUGGACCAGAGCAGUGGAAUUCUGCGUGUACAGAAGAAUUUGGAUUACGAGAGGAAGAAGUCUUACCAUGUGAUUGUCCAGUGUGAAGACGGUGGUGCCAAACCCCGCUAUGACACGGCUGCUGUAUACAUCUCAGUUGUAGACGUCAACGACAAUGCGCCGGUGUUUGUGGAUUCUCCCUAUCUUGCUUACGUCCAGGAGAAUAUGGAAAAAUUUCCAGUUCAUGUUCUGCAGCUUUCGGCUCGUGACGAUGAUUCAUAUUCCUUCAGCCGGAUUAGUUAUGCUAUUCGAGAUGGAAACAGGAAGAUAUUUAAGAUCAACUCGACCACAGGGGAAAUUUAUGCCAAGCAAAAAUUGGAUCGGGAGAAAAUCUCUUUCCUAUUUCCUUUCCGCUGGGCACUAUCUAUCGUGUCUAUUUUCACAGCAGGUUACCUUUGCAUUUUUCUUUUGGCAUCUUGUUCUUUACUAAUACCACUUAUUCAAAAUUGUAACCUAUUACGCUCUCUUUCACCGUUCUUUCUUUGGCGCAUUGCACUCGUCUCGUUUUGCUCUUUCCGCAGACUGAUGCGUGUGUCUCUUCCCACUUUUCUUGUUGCGUACAACUCAUGUCCGAUGCACUCUUCUCUCCCUGCUGUCCGAUGUGCUCACCUUGUCUUGUGUCACGAUUCGCACGUCUCUCCCCGCUCUUACCAUGACUCGAUAUUCCCGUCUCUUCAGGCAACUCCUGUAGGGCGAUGCUCCCUAACCCGAUUGGACCCUCUAUUCUCGUCCCUCACGUGGCCCAAUACUUCUGUCUCUUUUCGCCUAUUAAGUGUCCCUCUCUCUUCCCGCACCUCCCGUGGCCAGAUGCCCCCGUCUCUUCCCGCACCUCCCUUGUCCCGAUGUCCCCGUCUCUUCCCGCACCUCCCUUGUCCCGAUGUCCCCGUCUCUUCCCGCACCUCCCUUGUCCCGAUGUCCCCGUCUCUUCCCGCACCUUUCUUGGCCCGAUGUUCCCGUCUCUUUCCGCACCAUCCGUGGCCUGAUACCCCGUCUCUUCCCGCACCACCUGCAGCCCUGUGUCCCCGUCUCUUCACGCACCUUCCGUGGCCCGAUGUCCCCGUCUCUUCCCGCACCUCCUCCCAUGGAUCGAUGCUCCCGUCUCCAUCUGCACAUAGAGUGGCCGAUGUUCCCGUCUCUUGCUGCACCUUCCUUGACCCGAUGCACCCUCCCCCCCCUUCAACAAUGCUUUUUCAUCCCCUAGGUUUUGCAGUCUCUAAGACCAUCUCCUUCCAAUCCUCUUUUAGUCCAUUCAGUUCACAUCUUUGCGUGUCCUUGUGGUCUAUCGCGCUUAAUUUUGGCUUCCCUUCGAGCCCACUACCUUCGAGCUUUUAUCUAUUCCAUUUUAUCUCCUUCUUAUAUCUCUUUAAUCUCCAUUAUUUACUCCGCACUUCUCCUUCCUUGUGUCUCCCUCUACUUUUCCUCGUCCUCCUUCCCCGCGUUUCACUUUUUCUUUCCUCCUCUUUCCUCCCCUGUAUCUCUUUUUGCCUUUCUUUUUUCAUAGCCUCCUUGUGUUUGUCUCUUUCAUGUCUCUCCUCUUUACCCCUCUGUCUCUCUUUGCCAGUACGUCACACUGUCUCCUUUUGCCUCCCCCACACCCUUUGUAAUACCUUCUCCUGGUGUCUCCGAACAGGAACUGUCAAUAUUGAAGUCCAGGAUGUCAAUGACAACACACCUACGUUUCUGCAGACGCAAUACACCGGUUAUAUUGAAGAAAAUCAACCAGUGAAUUCUCCAGUCCUUACUGUGAAGGCAGAAGAUAAAGAUGAAAGAAUCAAUGCCCUUAUACGGUAUUCCUUAUUAGGAGACUUGGAGAACAAGUUCACUGUUGACCCUGCCCAUGGGAUUAUCCUGACUACAGCUAUUCUUGACCCUAUUAUCAACUCUCUCUCUCUCCCCACCACCCCCUUGUUAGCGCUGUAUAUCUCUGUUAUUGGAUUUGUUUCUCCCUCUCCGUUCCUCUGUUUCACUCCUCCUCACCGUUACUCGCUCUAUUUCUCCUUCUCUCGCUGCUACUCGCUCGUUUUCUUUCUCUCUCAGCUUCGCGUGCUGUGUCUCUCACUUUGUUGCACGCUCAGUUUUCUCUCGCCCCCCUCCCUCUGUUCUUUGCUAUAUUUCUCUCUCUGCUUUCCUCUAUCUUUCUCACUCUGUUCAUCGCUAUCUUUCUCUCAUUUUAUUCCUGCAUUUCUCUUUCCGUCUCUUGUUCCUUCUCUCUUCAUCUCUUGUUCCCUGAACCUGCAUUUAGUUGUACAGCUUCGACCUUAUUCUGAAAUGGACACUAAAGUGUUAUCUGUUUACUUGGUAUUUCUCCUGUUCUCCCCCACGCUGAUAUUAUUCACUCUCACGCAAACGUUAUUCGUUCUCUUUGUCAUGCCGACAUUAUUCUCCCUCUCCAGCGCUGACACCGUUUUUUCUCUCUCACUUGUAUUCUCUCUCUCUUCUCAUGAUGACAUUAUUCUCUCUCUCUUUCUCAUGCUGACAUUAUUCUCUCUCUCUUUUCAUGCUGACAUUAUUCUCUCUCUCUCUCUUUCUCAUGCUGACAUUAUUCUCUCUCUCUCUCGUGCUGACAUUAUCUCUCUCUCUCUCUCUUCAUGCUGA